AUGGGUCUUCCUCCGUACACUGGGCCUUUCAAGGUCGGCGUGCUCGAUCUCGAGAUCCCUGUUAGGAAGCCACGGAGCUUCUGCGACAAUGUGGUGGAACCGGGCGAGCUCAACAAACCCGCUCGUAAGGCGCGGCGUAGGGCAAAACAGCAAAACCAGGAGGCCAAACAGAGCCGACGGGACAAGCGAGGCCGCGAUGAGAGACUUGCGGAUUCGGCAGAGCCAAAGCAGAAGCCCGGUGGGACCCAAAACGCUACGGCAAGCUCUCGUUCGCGACCGGAGGCACAGACUGCGACGAGCACCGAAAGUCAAAGCACGAAUGCGUCUGCAGCGCAAGCAAGCGACCAUGCCCAAGAAGAAGAUUCGUGCCAAGAGAAGGACGAGUCCGCCUCCAAGCUGCCCUGGUCGCCGUGGUCUAGCGGGUCGAAAACGUGCACGCUUCAUCUCGAGACAGUGCUGUUCACGAUCUACUACCCGACGCUCCCCAUGGCCGAGAGCGAGGAGAAGCGAUACCCUCGGGCCGCCUGGCUUGGCCGCCCCGUUCACGCUGGUGUGCGUGCGCUGCUGCAGUACGUAGGCCAGUACGGCCUCUUUGCCAUCCCUGCGAGCCCAGCGGUGAUGACGCUCAUCAACGCACGUCUGCCUGCUCGGGUCGGACCCCCGCUCGCCGAUCCCGAAGAGCUGCGCAAACAGGCGCAUCCCGACCGCCAAGGCACGGACCGCGCCAAGGCGGGCAACUUUGGCAAAAGACCCCCGCAAUUCCCUGUCGUCGUCUUCUCGCAUGGUCUGGCGGGUAAUCGACUGAGCUACUCGCAGUUCUGCGGCGAAUUGGCCAGCCAAGGCAUCAUCGUAGCUGCCAUCGAGCACCGCGACGGCUCGGGCGUGAGCAGCAUUGUGCGAGGCGAAGAGGCUCCCAAUCAAGCCGGAAAAAGCGCCUCUCUACCAAAGAUCAUCGGGCAUCCCUCAUCAGGCCGCAUGAAGGCAUCGGUUCCAUACUUUACAUUCGAGACAAUAGGGUUACAAUCGUUUGCGACCGAGCCAUCGGAGCGCGAGGUGGAUCUGCGAAGGGACCAAAUCGAGAUGCGGCAUGCCGAAGUCGAAGAGACGCUCUACGUUCUCAACGAGAUCAACCAAGGCCGCGGAUACGAGAUCGUCCAGCGAUCUACGCGAAAUUUGGGUACGAAGCUUGCGGGUCACUCGGCAUCGGCGACGAACGCGCGGCUGCCGGGCAACAGUGUUCUCAAGGCGGAUCGUCCGUUGGAGGAUUGGAAGGGCAAGUUGGAUCUCGAGUUCCCGACGCUUUGCGGCCACUCGUUUGGAGGUGCGACGGUGUUGGAGUUGAUGCGCAAGCCGAAUCCGUUUCCCAUGGCGAUCGUCUUAGAUCCCUGGGUCGAGCCAGUACGCGAUCCAGCCAAGGAAGAAGACGAGGUCAAAGGACGAAUCGGCAAGCCCGUCUACGUCCUGAAUUCCGAGUCGUUUACUGUAUGGGAGGAGCAUUUCGACAAGCUCAAGCGGAUCUGCUUGGAUGCGCGCAAGACGUCGUCGAGGGGAUGGCUGUUGACGCUGACGGGGAGCAAGCACACGGACUUCUCCGACUAUCCCUUCUUGCUGCCAAAGAUGUUCCGGUCGACGGUGGGGCCAAGACAUACGAUAGAGGUGUUUAGCAAGGCGACUUAUAUGCAGAUGGGUCUGUCGCGUCAACGUGCUCGAGAGUCAGACAACAAGCCAGGCUACAAGGUGGAUCGCCAGGGCUCGCUGCACGACGAUUCCCCACGCACGCAAGGAUUGCGUGCCGUCGAUGUUGGAAGCUCUGCACCAUCGACGGAAGUGACGGUAUCCCCAACAAAGUAUGAGGCGCCGGCGUCUCCAGUUUCGGAAAGCAUGGUCGGCGCAGCGGCGGACCGUCAAAGUGGGCUGGGACAGCGUGGGAAAGGUGAUGCGUCGGAUAGCGCGCCAGGUACUUUGACGACUGCGAAUGGACAAGAUCUAGAUGUCAACGCCAACGCCAACGUCAACCCUGAGGCAGCCACGCCGGGAUUCGAACGCAGUGGCUCGCGACAAGCCGAAUCUGGCAACCAGACCGAAUCUGGACCGUGCAGCUGUCAAGAGUUGGCCGAAGAGAGCAAGGAUGACCGUGCUGCUGGGGGCCAAGAAGCGCGAGACAUUGUGGGCGCGCGACACCGCGAGGUCAGCGCCACCCAAGCGGCGGCAGGCACAGACGCGAACGGCAGGGCGAGAGACUUCAUCACGGACCUUCGGUAUCUCGACAUGAUCGAUGCAGACCAAGACGUGCAGCAGGUGCACGAGGCGCUGGAAGAUAUCAGCCAGCGACUGGCACACAAACGUAAGUACGCUCCGAGACCAAGACGCCACGUCUGGAACGCCGCAGGUAUGCACGCAGCUGGUGCACGGCUAGAGCAGGAUAAAGUUGGACGCCGACGCCCAGAAUGGCGAGCGGCUAUCUGUGCAAAUCGGGCCACGUUGGACAGUGCAGGCCUCGGGCGAGGCUUGCGGGCCGCAUGGGGAAGAAAAGCAGAUGGAGACAACGUUGGGCGGCAAGCGGCGAUGCAAUUGCGCCUCGCUUGCAGCGGCGAGGCGGGUCUAGGACAUCUGUCGGAUCUGAGAGCAGGCAACUCGAUGCUGACGCCCGUGUCGCCCUCUCUUCUCCAUGUCAUCACAGGAACUACACGGCCUCGCUCUUUGAUGUCCAUCUUCAUGUAUUACAACGGUCUGCGGCCGGGCCUGGAGCGACCAGGUAAAGUGCUCAUCCACCAGCUCGACUCGUCGCAUCCACCAAAUGCGGAGUUGGAAGUCUAUUCUUCGUCUGCAUUCCGUCGGUUGCGGACAGUGAUCCACGCAGGAACCAGUUCAUCUGCGCCGCCCGCUCAGGGCGUCUCUCCCACGACCAUGACUCGCGUAACCUCUAUCGCCAUCCUCAACCUAAACCCUCAUCCCAACUUUUUGUAA